AGGCUAGGAGCGUGUAACAUAACAGUGAAGUUCAGAGAGGAGGCCGAUGGUGAAAGGUUUCAAGGUUUUUUUUCUUCACAUCUCAACUAAAAAUUAACUAUCAUUACAGCUGACUUUCCGGAGAGAAAGAUGGCUGGUGUGGAAAGUGAUUAUAGCAGUAGCUCUGAUGAAGAUGACGACUACGUCCCUUCUGGUGAGGAUGAGAGUUAUGAUGAACUAGAAGGAACAGUAGAAGAAGAAGAAGGCAUCCAAGAGAUAGAUGGAGGGAAGCAGAAGAAGAAAAAAACCAAAGAUUCUACUAGGAGGAGGAGAAAAGCUUGGACAGCCCUAGUUGAUGAAGGAAAGGAUGAGACAGCUGAAGCUGAUGAAGUUUCUAGCAUUCAACGUGAGCUUGAAGAAGCAGAAAAGGAAGAAGCCAGAAGGAAAAAGGAAGAAGCUGAAAAGAAGAAAGCGGAUGAUCUGUGGAGUAGCUUUAUGAGUGAUGUGAAGCAGAAGCCUAAAUCAUCUCGGGCACAAAAUGACAAGGCCGCUAAAUCAAUGGUACCAUCUUCUCAAAAGACACCAUCUUCCAAGCAGCCAGCUACUCCUACAUCACAAUCAAAUGGCAGCAAAACUAAUAGCACUCUUAAAAUCACCAAAGUGUUUGACUUCGCAGGAGAAGCAGUAAAAGUCACCAAAGAAGUGGCUGCAUCUUCAAAGGAAGCCAAGAGUUACCUCAAAGAACAGGAGGAGAAGGAUAGUCCUGCAAAGUCUGACAUGAUACCUGGGAGUUCAAGCACUGGAUCAGCAGUAGUACCUGGGUCAUUUGGUUCUUCUUCCAAACCUACAAUUGCCUCAGGGUUAAAACGAUCAGGUGGUGGAUUAGGAAAUGUCUUGGGUCAAAUUGGCAAGAAGCACAAAAUUGGCACAUUAGAAAAAUCUUGCUUAGAUUGGGAAAGCUUCAAGAGUAAAGAAGGGAUCACUGAUGAGUUGAAGAUACAUAAUAGAGGCAAAGACGGGUUUGUGGAGAGACAGAGAUUCUUGCAGAGGACUGAUGUGAGGCAGUAUGAGAUUGAACGGGAUCUACGGAUGACACAGAGCAAGGUCCUCAGAUGAUGAUGACUACUUCCCAUCUUCUUAAUCUUGAACCUUCACUUCUCCUCAUCGGUGUAGAUAUCUGGACAAUGUGUUUACAUUCUAGGACACUCAGGCUGUAGAUGAUUUGUGAUACAUUCAUGUAAUGAUUCAUGUUAUUCAUUGCCAUGUGCACACUUGGCUUCAAGCAGACAGAAAACAGCUGGGUUGAAUUGAUAUGUCUUUAAUCUUCAAUUAUAUAUUUACUUACAUGUAUAAGUGUAUAAUUGAAUGGACUUAAAUGUCAAAAGUCAUUCAGUCUUUAUGAGUCGUACCACAGAAACUCUAGCCAAAGCCUAAGUUUGUGCCCUGCAUCUAUGUUGAUAUCUUUGAAUACAUUUCUUGGAUAUAAGUAUGGGAGCACUGUGGUGUAUUGAUGAAGGCUGUUGACUGUCAUACGAGAGGUUGUGGGUUCAAUCCUUGUUUGGUGCUUACAUCCUUGGACAAGGUGCUUUUCCCACAUUUGUCCCUCUCUACCCAGACGUGAAUGGGUACCUAGCAAUGAUGAGGUUAUAAUUGCAGGGCCUGCAAAAGAAUAAUUUACUAAUGUGGCCAACUUGGGUAAAUAAGACCAAAUUAUUAAUAUUAUUAUAUGAUCACCUGACUCAGCAAAGCCCAAUAUCACCUUACCAUGAUCUUUGAAGAUGUUUUAUUGUGUUCUGUUUUGCUUUCCAACUUUGUUUAACUAACACCCAUCUAUAGAACCACUUAUCCUUUUUUACUUGAGCAGGUUUGAUUGUAUUAUGAGUGAUGUCAUUAAUUUGAAUAUCUGUUAAGGUAUUGGGUUAAUUGUUUGUGAAAGAAGAUUACAAAUAUACAAAGAUAACAUAAAAAAAGGGAUCUAAGAAACAAGUAUAAAAGCAAUGCCUACACCUUAGGUCUGAAAAGUAACUUCAGUAAAAAAAAAAAAAAAAAAUUGGUAUUCAUGAUGUUACCAUUAUCCGUGUAGUUAUGCUAGGAAUUAUUCAGAAUGUAUGGAAAGAACAGUACUGUAUUAAUAACAGCUCUAAAAGUUUGCAACUGUAACGUGUAAUCCCAAGAUAUGUUUUUACACAUCUUGUAAAUGAAAAACCUUGUAGAUUAGAAAGGAAACACCCUUGAACAAAAUAAUACUACCAAGCAAAAGUUAAAUUUUCUUACUUUUUCAAUUGCAUAGGCCUCUCAGAGACAAGUAAGAUCAUGAUAAUGUGUGUUUUUUUGUUUUUCUAUUUGAAGCAUAUUGUAGCUUUACUCACUGAUAUUUGUGUACAUAAUAAUAAUAAUAAUAAUAAUAAUAUUUAAUUUUUACAUAGCGCUUAAUACAAAUGUCUCUAAGCGCUUUACAAAUAUAUUAUUACCCCGGUCAUUAGAUUCAGUGCUUGAUAGUAAGAUGUAGAUCAAGACAUUCAGGAAAGAACUAGGGCUGUUACGUUUGAACACAAACCUCCAACCAGUCUUAAGUCUUAUUUACUCUUACAGAGGGAGAAUGAUAUAAUGGAGCCCAUACUUCAGAUACAUUUGUCAAGUAGACAAUAAAUUCAAAAAUUGAUCAUAAGAAGCCAAAGAAGGCAAAUUUUUCUUCUUGCUAAUUAAAAACACUCCUUUUGUCUUGCAAAUGUUUUCCUUUUCAGCAACGUUGAUAACAUAUGUAUUUUUUUCCUAAUUGGCAUUGUAAAAACAAUUCAAUUUUUUGUUACACUUACCAAUAAGUAAUGGCAUCAUACACAUAUGAAUAAGUUUAAGUUUAAGUGAAUAAAGUAAACAAGUUAGCUCACAAGAUAAUGAUGUUAUUUUUAAAUCAUGUGUAUCAAAAAAAAAA